AUGGCUGACACUCCCAGUUCCUCGAGCUUCAGCACCGCCUUCAUCAGAGAGCUCAGUCUUCCUGACGAUGCGCAUCCCGACUUGGACAUUUCCAUCCCGGUCAACCUCACACGCCUCGCUGCUAUUCUUCAACUCGGUUGGACGCUCUCACACGGUCGCGGGCCUCGGGCGCAUGAAUAUUGCCUUUGGUGUCGCGGGCCCAUGAGCGAUUCUACUGAAACCAUUGUCCACACUCGGAAUUACGCCCAUGAUGACCAGUUGAUUGGCUUCCAUGGCGUGAGCUCCGUGCUUGCCAUGUGGGCGGAAGUACCUCCAGCAGCAGCUACAACCCCUACAGCGACCACAGCCCCAAAUACUACUACAAACACGACCGUGGCUGCGCCACCAGUAGCGACAUGGGCAAAGCUUCCCGGCAUCUUUAAAACAGCAGCGGUACCUGUUCCUACUGUGGCCAAUAUCACUACCGAAGCAUGCCACAAUGCAUGGCCGUUAUCAUGUUUUAUCGAAUGGGUCAACCUCGAAAUGGAUCGCCCUGGCCACAUGGGUCGGCCCAUGGCUCGGUUCCUGCGCUGUCCGAUGUGUCGACAUGAGUUCUACAACCGUCGCCUCUCCAUGACGUUUGAUUUCACGAAUCCAGGACCCGACUUCGUGCCUGCGGCGUGGUUCCGAAUCGUGAUGGCCAGUCCGGAAUAUGUGAAAGAUUGGCGCAAAACACAGCUUGUCGAGGAUGGCUGCCAGGCAUUGGGAGAGAAAAAGCAAAAGCGUUUCAUUGUGCUGGAUCGUACUGAAGUGGCUAAGCUUCCGCUGUUCGGCCGGAAUGCGAAGUUCUUCGAGGACAUUGACCGAAUAGUCGUCACCAAGGCCCCCAAGGACCGGGUUGAGUCGAAGCUAAAGCAGACCUCGGAGCAAGCAAAGCAGAAUGCCCCAGAGCCAGACCCAGGCCGAAAGGAAUGCAAGGAUACAGACUCUACCAAACCUGAAAAACGCGAGGAGAAGACAGUCGUUAAAGAACCAGAACCAGACCACGUUUACAACAAAUACGUGCUUCUGGACUGGGGGAACAACGAGUUUCGGAUGAUUCCCAUUCCCAAAACUCGAACUUGGGCCCGCACCCACAAGAGCAUCAGCGACAACGACACAGACAAGGACAAAGGGAAGGUGGCAUUGGUUGCUCCUACCGAGCUCAGUGCAGCCGACAUCGUCAGCGAAGCAAUGAGCCAAGGCGGCCUAGGGGUUGCUGUUCGAGCAUUUGUCCCUGAUGAAACUGGUACAGACGAUUAUCCGUCGCUCAACUAUCUGCAGCUCGCAGGCAGGAAGUACUAUCUCCAACAGAUCAGUGCGUGUGCGAGAGAGUCAAUCAUCAACUCCAAUGCCAGCGUCAAGAGGCAAUACCGAAAAGAAGCACUAUGGUAUGCUACUUUGACUGAAGUCUUCCGCCUGAACAUGAAGACGUAUGAAGAGGCAUUCACCCUACUUCAAGGGCUCGAUUCUGACAGUGAAGAAGACGACGAAGGUGAAGACGGAGAUGGAGAGGGAGAGGGAGAGGGAGAGGGAGAUGGGGACGAAGGUGGAGACGGAGAAGAGGACGAAGAUGAAGAUGAAGAUGAAGACGAAGUUGAAUAUGGUGAUGGCAUUCAUGACGGCGAUGGACUCGGUACUGGUGGCAUCGACGGCAUCACGCCUGCGAGUGUCGCUGGACAUUGGGUCGAUGUUGGCGAGCCAUUGGAGGAAGCGCUCCCUUGA